GUCAGACACGUGGUAGUCGCAUUUCUCUAUCUGUCGUACGCGCGGUAAUGAUACCGUGACGUUUCUCGAUCUCGGUAAACAAUCUGAAAAGAAUGUUGAUAUGCAAUCGAGGAAAUAUCUCCAGUUAACAUUGGCGAUACUUAAGCCGCACGUCGUUAAAUCUCCCUUCGCUCUUCAGAAGAUUCGAGAUUUAAUAAUCGACAAUAAUUUCAAAGUUGUCAGAUCGCGCAGGACGACGAUAUCUCGAGAGGAGGCCGAAUUGUUUUACAAGGAGCACAGGGACAGGUUCUUUUACAAUCGUCUCGUUUCUUUCAUGUGCAGCGGCCCGUCCGAUAUUCACAUCCUGGCGGCUCAUGAUGCUAUCGUUAAGUGGCGACAAUUGAUGGGUCCUACUAAAGUCUAUCAAGCGCAAUACAGUGCACCAGACACUAUCAGAGGCAUGUUUGGUCUAUCUGAUACUAGAAACGCCACACACGGAUCUGAUUCAACAGAAUCGGCAAAGAGAGAGAUUGCAAUAUUUUUUAAAGAUUUUGACUUGAAGAAGUGGCACGACAAUGAAGAGAUAUUUUAUAAUCUGGGAAAAUUGCAUUUCGAUCCAAUAUCCUUUGUGCAUACCAUCGAUAGGAGUUACUUAGAAAAACAGAACGAAUAUAUUAGAGAAUAAUCAGCAUUGUUAAUUUAUUAAAU